AUGCCUUUGGUUGACAUAAUGUUGCAUUAUGGUGGGGAUUGGAUCACAACACCCCAGGUCUUGUAUUUAAAGAAAUUGGUCCACAUCUGGAGAGGGUAUGAUUCUGAACUUAUUUCUUACAAGCUUCUAGAAACAACAUACACCAGUGAGUUAGGGCAUGUAGGUGUUCAACAACUUAUUAUAAAUGGCCCUUCUGGUAAUUACUAUGAGGUAGAAAAUGAUGAUGGGAUGAGGCAUUUACUUAGUUUAAUUUCUUAUGUAUUCUAUGCUAUUGAUGAGUAUGAAGAGUCUAUUAAUGUGCCUAAUAUUGUUCAUCACACAGACUCACAUCCAGUAAUAACUGAUUAUGGUACCGACUGUAGUGAAUCUGAUAGUGAGAGUGAGGGUGAUAAUUAUAGUGAUGAUUCUGAUAGUGAGGUUGAUUGUGAUUCUGAUGGAUUACAAAAAAUUGCUAAGCAAAGAAAUACUGAAAUUGAGGCAGGGCUAGAAAAUUAUAAGGAAUUAUACAAGGGUAUGAGCUUCAGAGACAUACCUGAAGCUAGAAAAUGCAUUAAUUUCUAUUCCUUGGCAAACAAAAAGGACUUAAAAGUGGAUAAAAGUGAUAAAAAAAAAAAGGUUAAGGUAUCAUUGUGUUGGAUAAAGACAUUAAGAGAUGAGCAUAGAUGUGAAGAAGCAUUUGAGAACACUAGGGUUAACUAUCACACAAUAGCAAAUUACUUCAAGAAGAAGGUGCAAGAAAAUCCUAAGUACAAGAUUAAGGAGAUGAGAGCAGAUCUGAAACAAUUGUUUAAUGUAAAUGUUAGCUAUGGAAAGUGCAAGAGGGCUAAAAGACUGAUUUUGGAGAAGUUGGAAGGUAGUUUUACAUAUGACUAUAAGAAACUUGAGGCUUAUGCCAAUGAGCUAAGGGACACUAACCCAGGGAGUGAUAUUGUCAUUAACUUGUCAAAGGAUGCACUUGCUGAAGGCUUGAGACCAUUUAUUGGCUUAGAUGGGAAAUUUUUAAAAGGAAAAGCUAGAGGACAGUUGUUAGUUGCUGUUGGACUGGACAGUAAUAACCAAACAUAUCCUAUAGCUUGGGCAGUAGUGGAUAAAGAAACAAAAAGGACAUGGACUUGGUUCUUGAAAUUGCUUCAAAGGUCACUAGAUCUCAAGGAGGGUGAAGGCAUCACCUUCAUGUCAGAUAUGCAAAAGGGAUUAAUUGAGGCUGUGAGCAAUGUGCUUCCUAAUUCACAUCAUAGAUUCUGUGUUAGGCACAUUGAGUCAAAUUGGUGCAAAAAAUGGAGAACAACUGAGUUCAAGAAGUUGUUAUGGUGGUGUGCCUGGAGUUCUUAUGAAGAAGAUUUCAAGAAUCAGUUGAGGUCCAUUGGUGAACUUGAUAAACAAGCUGCAGAAGAAUUGAUGAAGUAUCCUCCUCAAGCUUGGUGUAGAGCUUAUUUAGAUACUGUGUGCAAGAACCAAAAGGUAGAGAACAACUUCACUGAAUCUGUCAAUGCAUGGUUUCUUGAAGCUAGGCACAAACCCAUCAUCAAAAUGCUUGAGGAAAUUAGAAUUAAGGUGAUGAACCAAUUAAGGGAAAGAGAGGAAGCAGUGCGGUCAUGGACAAAUGAACUCAGCCCACAUAGCCUGGAAUUGUACAAGGAUUAUUUGAAGAUAGCUAAAAAGUGCCAUGUUCAUUCCAUUGGUGACCUAGGCUAUGAAGUUUCAGAAGGGCUGGACAGGCAUACUGUUAACAUGACUUUGAAGAAAUGCACAUGUAGGACUUGGGAUCUUACUGGAAUACCAUGCCCCCAUGCCAUUAAGUCCAUACAACAUAAGAAGUUGGACCCUUUCAAGGAAUUCAACUGGUGGUAUAGCAAGGAAGCAUACCUCCUAACCUAUAAAUAUAAGUUGCAACCAGUUAAAGGUGAGAAGUUCUGGAAAGUGGACCCAUCUCAAGCAAUGGAACCACCUGAGUUAGUCAAGAUGGCUUGGAGACCUAAAAUUAAGAGAAAAAGAGAAAAAGAUGAGGCUAUCAAAAGGCAAGGUGAGUGGGGAGUUUCUAGGAAAGGGAGAGUCAUGACAUGCAGUAACUGUUGA